AUGCACGCUGCAGCCCGGGCUCCGGCCAUCAGCGUCAAUGCAGAAAGCUGCAUCCCGGCCGGACUGCGCCUCGGUCCUGUGCCGGGCGUCUUCAAACUGGGCAAGUACCUGUCAGACCGCAGGGAACCAGGACCCAAAAAAAAGGUGCGGAUGGUGAGAGGGGAGUUAGUGGAUGAAGCCGGCAGCUCCGCUCUGGAGUGGAUAGGGUUAAUCCGGGCUGCCAGGAGCUCCCAAGAGCAGACACUGGAAGCUAUUGCGGAUCUGCCAGGAGGACAGAUCUUCUACCGGGCGCUGCGAGACUUGCAGCCGGGGGAGGAGCUGACCGUCUGGUACUCCAACUCCUUGGCGCAGUGGUUCGACAUCCCCAUCAUCGCCACCCCGACACACGACGAGAAAGGUACCUGGGCAGUGCCUACGGCCAAGACGGGCCACCUCUGCCUCUACUGCGGCAAGCUGUACUCGCGCAAGUACGGCCUCAAGAUCCACAUGCGGACUCACACGGGCUACAAGCCGCUCAAGUGCAAGGUCUGCCUGCGCCCCUUCGGCGACCCCAGCAACCUCAACAAGCACAUCCGCCUGCACGCCGAGGGCAACACGCCCUACCGCUGCGAGUACUGCGGCAAGGUGCUGGUGCGGCGCCGGGACCUGGAGCGGCACGUCAAGUCCCGGCACCCGGGCCAGGGCCUGGGCAAGGCGGCCGAGGACAGGGGCGAGGCGGGCUAUCCGCGCCAGGAGCCCGACCAAAAGACUGACAACGAGAGCGACGUGGACGUCUGCUUCACCGACGACCCCAGUGACCAGGAGAGCGGCAGCAGGAACCCCGAUCAGUGACGGGGGGCGGGUGCUGUGUGCCUGGGGCGGCCAGGGACGCGGGGGUCGGUGCGGACGCGGAGGUCAGCGAUGGGGCGAUCGCUCCGGACGGGGGGAGCAGGGACGGGGGGAUCACUCUACCUGGGGUGAGCAGGGACGCAGGGAUCAGUGUGCGGGGGUGACCAGGAACGGGGAACGCGCUGUGUGUGGGGUGCUCAGGAAUGGGGUGUGAUCAGUGUGCGUGGGGUGAUCAGGGACUGAGGGAUCAGUGUGGGGGAUGAUCAGGGACGGGGGCAUCACUAUUUGGGGUGACCAGGAGCGGGGGAUCACAGUGUGUGUGGGGUGAUCAGGAAUGGGGUGAUCAGGGACGCAGGGAUCAGUGUGUGUGGGGUGAUCAGUGACGGAGGGAUCAGUGUGCA